ACUUGUGUAACGAGGUGAACUGUGGCUCUGAUGGCGAGUGCAUGAAGGAUGUGAACGGAAAGCCAUCUUGCAGUUGCUCCUGGGGCAAGCCGUCUUCUGACGGGCUCUCUUGCAUUGACACCUGUGCUGCGGUGAGGUGCGAAAUCUUCGCGAUAUGCAAGCCGAAUAAGAAUGGCGAUCCAAGUUGCAUCUGUGAAUUCGGCUACAAGGAUGGUCGUUGCAGUG